UGCCAGACGGAGCAGAUGCCAUAUUGAAAGCUGAUUCUUGAUAUUAAAUUACGGCUUUAUUUCCUUUUUGCUUCGGUAGUAGCAUCGUAGAAGUAUCGAGUGUAGCACAACAAACACAGCUCGCAGUCCCGGUAAAGUAUGGACGGGUGGAGCCCCAUCGUGGCAACAGCCUGCGAUAAUGACCCGUCCAGCUCCGAGGGAGAGUACAUGGUGGAGCCCGGACCCGAAGAUGAAGCCCGGGAGGCGUCGGACAGAGAGCAGAGGGUGUGCGGGGACGACGGGAGUCCCGCUGCGGUCGCGUUCGGGAUCAGUGGUAUCGGUGAGGGCAAAGUGGUGCUGGGUCGAGUCGGACCGCGAGACGAAAGAGAGCUCCGGUACCUGCACCUGUGGUGGGAGCUGGGACCAGCGGAGGUCGGCGGCGGUUGCGGGUCGAGCAAGGUGGGGAAAAUGACUGGGACCCGAGCCAGGAGACAGCACCGAGCCGUGCGGAACCUCGGUCCUAUCGGAAAAGACAUUUACGCUGUGAGGAGACUGAGAGAAGCAGCGAACAGUAACGACAUCGACACAGUUAGAAAGCUCCUGCAGGAAGACGUCGACCCCUGUGCAGCAGAUGACAAGGGGAGGACAGCCCUGCACUUCUCCUCCUGCAAUGGCAAUGAGAGCAUCGUGCAGUUACUGCUGAGCCACGGCGCUGACCCCAACCAGCGAGACAGUCUGGGAAACACCCCCCUCCAUCUGGCGGCCUGUACCAACCAUGUGCCUGUCAUCACCACGUUGCUGAGAGGAGGGGCCCGUGUGGAUGCCCUCGACCGAGCAGGCAGGACCCCGCUGCAUCUGGCUCGCUCCAAGCUCAACAUCCUGCAGGAGGGAGAUUCACGCAGCUUAGAAACCCUGAGAGGGGAAGUCACACAGAUUAUUCAAAUGCUUCGGGAAUACCUGAACUUGAUGGGCCAGAGCGAGGCUAAAGAACGGUUGGAACACAUUUCCACACAACUGCAGCACACACGCACCAAAGAACAGGUCGAUGAGGUCACCGAUUUGUUGGCCAGUUUUACAUCACUCAGUUUACAGAAGCAGAAUUUGGGGGAUAGGUAGAAGAUAAUGUGCACAUGCUCCUUUUCAUGCAAGCCUCUGCUCCACAAACCCGAUGACAGAAAACGGGAGUUUUCUGCUAAAUGUUUAACUGCAGUACUCAACAGUGAUUGGUUUUACAUGCACUUAAGUAACCAGGUUACAAUCGGCUGAUUUCUUAAACAGGAAACCUGGUUUCCAAAGUCAAGGUAGAGGAUUAGGGAGGCCUGAUUUCCCCAGGAAGAUUUCUCCUGGAGAACCCCGAUUUGUCUGCCAUACAUACACGUAACCAGGUUUUAAUCAGCUUUCUAGAAGAGCGCAUGUGCUCCAAGCUCCAAGGUAGUGUGCAUGUAACUGGAGAAAAACAGGAAGUUGUCACCGGUGUAAACACACAAUUAUCAACAUGGCGAGGAGCAGCAGCUGUAUUCAUUUCACAGCUAAUGUUGUGAUUGGCAGGUGAGACAUUGUUAGAGACCAAAAUCGAUCAGAUCCAUCUUUGUUUAAGGGAGGAUGCAGUAGCAUAAUGACGUCAAGCUUUCCAACUGUGGACGCACCCAAACAACAUCUUUCAACAUUCAGUGGGCUAGUGGGGAGGGAUGGGGUGUCGGAUUACAUGCUGUGCAUGUAAACACGUCAUCUGAUUUCUACCCUAACCUGGUUUCUCUCACUAACCUGGUUACUUAAGUGCCUGUAAACACAGUCAUUGUGAGGACAGGUAGUCUGGUUCUCAGCCCUUCAAAGGGCUGUUUCGUGGUUCAGGUUAGACAUUUAGGAAAUGUGUCAUGUGCUCACAACUAUGGAAAGACCAGCGUGUGUGCUGAAAUGUUCUCUUGUUGCCUGUCAUUGUUAGUCACAUUGAAUAAUCAGUG